GGUCUACGAGUGGUACGGCAACUCACAAUCAAUAACGUCUCAGGACCCACCCUUUCAUCACCGAUAGCCACAAUUGGCUGCGACCGCUACACACUGCUUCUCCUCUAAGCACUACUGCAAAGAUGCAAAAGGCGAUAGUCGACCCCACAGAACGAGAGUUAGGUAUCUUGACAUACCAGUCACCGGCGUUAACGGGAUUUACGGCGGUUCUCAAGGCCCGCUAUUCCGACUUUGUCGUUCACGAAGUCGGAAUCGAUGGACGGAUUGCGAAGUUGGAAUCUGUGGAGCCCAAAGCCAGCAACGGUGUCGUAAAAGAAGAAAAAUCCAGGCCGGAAGAACCUGAGAUAAAAAAGCGUAAGCUGAACGAUGACGGUAGCCCAAAUUGGGGCGAACUUGAGUCUGAAUUAAGAGAAUUUGUUGGCGAGCAGGGGGCCACCGAGACUAUUGAACUGCUCCAAAGAGCUAACCCCUCGGAAGAGAAAAUGUUUGUCAAACUACCGCCUUGCGCCGAAAAGGAAACCCGUCGGAACUUGCAUCAAUGGAUUCGGUCUCGUCUGAACUUUUGCGCACGGGCCGAUACAAUCGACGAAACGAAUUCGGAUGGCAAUGCAGUCACUAGAGGGCUUAUUCGCAUUUGGCACAAAUCCUUUGAGAGGAAAAUGCCAAACUACGGAAAGUUUGAGCGGAAUCAGCAAAACCGAAUGCCCCGGGAAAAGGCUCCUUCGGAUAAGCAAUACCUACAGUUUGUGCUAUAUAAGGAAAACAUGGAUACAGGAGCAGCCGUCGGGCAAAUUCAGCAAUUCGUGCAACCACCAGGAGGUGGUCGGGGCCGCGGUCGAGGAGGAAGAGGUAGCUUUAAACAUGGUGGUCCUAAGCUACGAAUGGGAUAUGCUGGAAUGAAAGACAAACGUGGAAUCACGAGUCAAUACAUCACAGUACCGGCGUCAACAUCUCUCCACGCGCUCGCCGGUUUAAAUCGCCCCGGGCAAGGGGGCGGCCAUACGCGCAACGGAGGUGUCGGUAUCAUAAGGGUGGGUAACUUUGAGUACGUUGCCAAUGAACUGAGAUUGGGUCGGUUGAAAGGAAACCGAUUUGAUAUUGCUCUACGAAACAUAGAAUUAGGGUCCGAAACGAAAAAUAUUGGAUCUUCUUUGGAAAGUGCUGCCCAAGCGCUAAAGGACAAUGGAUUUAUAAACUACUUUGGUGUGCAGCGAUUUGGCAAGUAUCACGAUACACAUUUGACUGGUAUCGCCAUUUUGAAAGGCGACUAUGAAGGUGCGAUUGACAUCAUCAUGUCACCGAAGCCUGACGAGAGGCCAAAUAUUGCCGAGGCACGAGCCAUGUGGAAAGAUCGGUUCUCUCACAAUAGCGAUAGGGCAAGUGCCGAAAAAGAAUGCGCGCAGAAGUUAUCCCGACAGUUCAAUAGAUUCAUGCACAGCGAAAUGGCCAUUGUGAAUAGCCUAGCUCGCGAUCCUUUGAACUAUGAGAAAGCUUUUUCUUGUAUUAACAAAACAAUGCGCAUGAUGUUUAUCCAUGCGGUGCAAAGCUAUUUGUGGAAUCACGUCGUCUCAAAUCGUAUUGAAACGUUUGGGGGCAAAGUGUUGGAAGGAGAUUUGGUGCUGGCGGACCCCAACAGUAUUGAUGGGGAAGGCAUUCCUGAAAUUUUGGUGGUCUCAGGAGAGGAUAUUUCCGCAAAUAAAUACACGCUUACGGACGUUGUGGUACCGCUGAUCGGAUCAAAAACGCGCGAUCCGGCCAACGCGUCAGCGGAUCUUUUCGAUACAAUCCUACUAGACAAGGGACUUACUCGCGAAAUGAUGGUGAAAAUGGAAGACCGUGAUUUUAAUAGCGCGGGAGACUACCGUAAGAUGAUCUGUCGUCCUGCGGAUGUGGAUUUUCAAGUGCUCGAGUACACCGAUCCUCAUCAGCCGUUACUACAAACCGAUUUAAUGAUGCUAGAUGGUAUUGAGAUCAAGGCCUCGCUGACCUCCGAAAAGGCAUCUGCUACUGCACUGCUGGCCAUGAUUAUUCGAUUUACUCUACCACCGUCCGCGUAUGCUACUAUAGCACUCCCGAAUAUCAAAGCGAAUUGA